GCACACACAGUCUCCACCACAGGACUGACUGAACCUUUGUCUCAGCUCUAAGAUGCAGAUGUUCAUGGUGCUUGGUGUCGCUCUCCUGUCCCUGUGGACCACCAACGGGCAGAUGAUCCUCCCUGGGAAGUGCCCUGUGCCCCCGGUCCAGCAGGGCUUUGAUGUCUCUCGGUACAUGGGAAGGUGGCACGGCAUACAGAAAGUUCCUGCCUUCUUCCAGAAGGGAAAAUGUAGCCAGGCCACCUACGGCCUUCAGAGUGACGGCACAGUGGAGGUCAUCAAUCAGUCCCUGCAGUCCGAUGGGCGUGUCACCUCCUCCGAGGGAAUCGCCCGUGUGGUAGACCCCUCUGACCCUGCGAAGCUGGAAGUGAACUUCUUUACAGGUUCCAAACCCGGCCCUUACUGGGUGCUGUCCACCGACUAUGAGAGCUACACCCUUGUGUACUCCUGCACCAACGUUGAAGACCUGCAGCACAGGGUCUUUGUCUGGAUCAUGAGCAGAGAGAGGACCCUCUCCGCCGACACCGUGGAGGAGCUGCUCAGCAUCCUGAGGUCUCAAGGCAUCUAUGACCAGCUCCAGGUCAGCAACCAGAGCGACUGCAGCAGCAUGCCUCAGUUACAGAGAGACUGCUGAGUGAGGGAGAGGAGUGGGAAUACUUGUAAUGAUUUCACUGUACUUUGAUUCAAUAAACCUCCCUUAUUAAAUAUCUGAAUUAUAAAA